AUGGAUGAGGAAGAUGAUGAGAGGAAACUUCGAAGGCCAAAACUAGCUGCCUUCAGUUCGUUAAAUGCACGUAUUGUGCAUUCCUCGUUAGAGGAAGGUUUCUUGCGUCAACAAGCGUCAUCAGAAUCGGCUGAUGCGAACACCUCUAGCAUUUCAACAGCUCAAUUCAGUGACAGAAGUUUUGUAUCAAAAACAAGUACAUUUUCUCGAAGCGGAACCUCAAGUUCUAGCCAAGAGGAAUGUGAGGUUGCUCAGACAACUGUCACAAGUGGUCAGUACUUGAUGGCAACGCGAGUGGAGACGGCUCGUUCUAUGGAAAGCCUUCGUCCGAGGAAGGACCCGUCGCCAGCGCGACCAGCUAGCUCAUGUACAACUGCUAGGAUCCAUCGCAGCUCGUUUUUGACUGCAAGCGAUAGAGAUGUGCGAGAAACGCGUGGUUUGCCUGCGCGACGGGCGUUAUCAGGGGAAGAUAUGGGUAAUUCUGCAGAAAAAAAACGAGGCUUGUUCGCAAGCACAGAACGACGAGCGUUGCAACAGCUCAGCUUACCUCCGCCGGAACGCCGUCUUACCAUCCUCAGCCCUCACAGCCCUAUGGCUUUAACAGAACUACAAUGGCCUACGUCCUCUGGAGUACGUGGUAGACGAAAGAAAGGCAUGGUUUUGCCAAAACUCAUAUUACCUCGCAGCGACUCUGAUGGAUCUGAAGUAUUUUUCGAAAGGUGCCAAUUUCUUUUCAUAUUUGUUAUAUUUAAGUUUUUCAUAAAGAUAUCGAUGGUUUGGAACACAUAA